AUGAAAAGUUCUGAAAACCCUGCAGCGGUAACAAAUUCGCCGAGUCGAAAAACCCGUCGCACUCUUCGUGUGAGAAUCGCCUGCUUACGUUGCCAGCGGAGGAAGAUUAGGUGCGAUGGAGCCGUCCCCUCUUGCGGUUCUUGCUUGAAAAUCGGGACAGAAUGUGUUGAUGGGGGACAGGGACAGAACCAUGAAUCUCCCCGAGCACAUAUCACCAGCCUGCAAACCCGAGUUCGAUGGCUUGAGACCAUCAUUCGGACAAGGUGUCCGGAUGUUAAUCUAGAUGGGGAGUCUCAAGUAUUCAAUGUUGACAAUGAGACUAUAAUGGCCUCGGGCGGUAGUACACCAAAGACUACCAAUAUCUCAGAUGGCUUUCAAGAAUAUCAACAAGAAACCCAUCUCGAACGCCACCCAGACCCAGACUUAGACCCAGACCACCCACGAGAAAAUGCUCCGGCACAAGACCAGUCCUCAAAUCUCCGCCAUGAAAUUGGACUGGUGUCCCUCUCCGCAGGCACAGACCCGAAAUACAUCGGUCCAUCCAGCGGUUACUCAUUUGCCCGGCUUCUCCUAGCAUGUGCAGCGCGGCAAGGACACCCGAUACCUCCUUCAAAUCGCCGCGCAGAAGUCAGCGACCGUUUUGCUUUCCUGCUCCCAAAGGACUCUGUCUCAGAGCCUCUACCUCUGGAUAUGAACUACACCACCAAGCUCUCAAACUCGUAUUUUGAGACGAUACAUCCUCAAUAUCCAUUUUUGCAUCAGCCGAGCCAUGAAAAGCUGGUUCGGAAGGUUUAUGAGGAGGCGGAUCCCAGUCCCGUAGAUGUUUUCCAAGUCAACAUGGUUCUUGCUAUAUCUGCGAUUAUUAUUUCUAGACGACUGAAGAUCUCCCUUCCAGGCGCCGGAUAUUGUGCUAGUGCGAUGAAGUUUUUUGAUAAAAUCUACCUCGAGAAUUCAUUGCGGGGACUGCAAUGUUUGCUACUGCUGCUCGUAUAUACAUUCCACAGCUCUUCCUUGGGACUGAAUGUGUGGUAUCUGAACUACCAAUGCAUCUCUGCAUUGCUGGAUCUAGGGUUGCAAAGAGAUGUCAAAUCGGGAAGAGGUAUCUCGGUGCUUGAGCAGGAGUUGAGGACCAGGACAUUUUGGGUGAUUUAUACGAUUGAUAGACAGGUUGCGACGAUGAUGGGAAGACCCAUUGGGCUUAGAGACGAAGCCUGCGAAUUAAGGUUGCCAGCUGAUGUAGAUGACUACAACCUCUCAGCAACCGGCAUCCGACCUCGCCAAGAAGGGGAACCCCCUACACAUAUGAGCUGCGCAAUACAUCUCUUCAAACUGGCGCAGAUAAACUCAGAGAUCAAAUACAUUUGCCACAGCAUCUCCCACAAACCACCUCCGUACUCAUAUCCGAACAUACCAGAUUUUUCAGAUUGGCAAAAGGACAUUGAUGCGAGAUUACACUCCUGGAAGCAACAAAUACCACAAUUCACGGGCGAGCGAAUAUAUAUGACCCGGCUCUGCGAAAGAAAAUACCAUAAAAUUAUGAUGCUACUUCACGGUCCUAGUCCAGCGAUACCAAAACCCUCACUUGAGUCGUCAAAGGCUUGCUAUCAGAGCGCGGUCGCCGAGAUACGGCUCUAUAGCCAAUUGUACAAACAAGACCUACUAGUUUAUAGUUGGGUGACUGUGCAUUCGAUAUUCUUGAGCACACUCACGAUGCUUCACUGCAUUUGGACUGUUUCUGCAAUUACCGUUAGUACACAAAUUGAUGACAUGGUGGCUAUAUUGAAGGCCGGUUCGAAUGUGCUGAGCGCAACAGGUGAACACUGGUCCGAGGCGAAGCGGAGUAGAGAUGUUCUGGACGGACUCUCCGUUCCUACCAUCCGCUGGCUUUUGGACCAUAAAGCUAAAAGCACGCAAAACGGGGCCAAUACUCAAGGUAACCAUCAAGGGCCUACUCAGUCAUCAGAGAAAGUGGCGCACAUUACUCCCACCGGUAAUUUGGAGGGCUUAAGCUCGAUACUAUCAUUUGCACAAUCAACAGAUUUGAAUUUCGAUGGAGAGUAUUGGGGUUCUGCAUUGUACGGUUCUAUAAACGGCGACCUCAGCUUCACAGAAGAGGUUGAUUUCAAUGAUCCGGCAACUUUGAAUGCCAUCAUGCAGGGAAUGCUUACUACAGACGUCCAUAUCGGUUCGGAAUACGGCCCAGAUUUCGGAAUGGCUUUAUCCUAG